AUGAUCUUAGCCAUUACGUUUCUAUCCUUAGUGCUGUGUAGGGAAAGGAGUGAUUAUAUUGUAAUGUUUGACCAGGAUCCGAGUAUGGACAAAGGAUCAAUGAAUGCAUUAUACAGUAUGAAUAUCCUCAAGGCGCAAAGCAUUCUUGAGCCCGAUGAAAGCAUCGAAAUAAAGAUAACCAAUGGGUUUGUUGCACGGAUGACAAAGUCCACUGCAGAAAAGAUGAAGAGGCAUCCAAAUGUAAAGAUGGUUGUCAGGGACACACCUGUGGGUAUCAGCGGGCUGAAGAUCGGCACUUCAUAUAACAAUAGCGGAGAAGGGAUUCUAAUACAGAGACAUGCGCCCUGGGGAUUAUCCAGGAUUGUUGGAAGUGUAUCUUUUGCUUCUGGAAGUUAUUAUUAUCCUAUGAAUUCGGGAGAGGGUGUUGACGUAUAUGUUUUAGACACUGGAAUAGAAGUCAGCCAUCCUGAAUUCGAGGGGAGAGCCAGAUGGGGGGCUAACUUUGUUGCAGAAAGCUUGAAUGAAGAUGAACAUGGGCAUGGGACACAUUGUGCAGGUGUCAUUGGAGGCAAGAAUUUUGGAAUAUCUAAAAAAUCAAGCAUUAUUGCUGUUAAGGUUCUUGACAGGUAUGGAUCUGGGAUGACCUCGAGACUUCUUCAGGGAUUGGAUUUUGUAAUCAAGGAGCAUGAAAAGAAAAAGGAUGAGCUUUAUAAUGCAGCAGCCAAUGAAUACCUUGAUUCCACUCGGUCUUCAGACAUUGAUAUAGAAAUAGAUGACUCUGAGAGUUUUUCUUUCCUCCAGUCUAAAGUGCCGUCGGUACAACGACUAGUGGACACUAUUUCCGAAAAGGCCUUGGAACCAAAGACCAUUAUUAAUCUCAGUGUUGGAGGCUUUAGAAAUCCAGCACUCAACUUUGCAAUUGAAUAUGCGUCAAGACUAGGGAUACAUUUUUCUACGGCUGCUGGUAACGAGCAUGAGGAUGCUUGUGACUUCUCCCCGGGAUCCUCGAAAGCAAGCAUAACAACGGGAGCAUCCACAUACAAAGACACUGUUGCGUUUUUCAGUAACUUUGGGGAAUGCGUGAACAUCUUUGCUCCUGGAGUAGAUAUACUUAGCUCAUGGAUAGGAGGGACACAGAAAAUUGUAUCUGGAACAUCUAUGGCAGCACCUCACACCACGGGAGUGAUGGCUGCAUAUCUUACGUAUUACGAUUACGAUCCUCACACACUCAAGAAACGUAUCAUAAAUGAUGCCCGAAUUGUGGAGGAGAGCAGUGGCAACAGCCGCAAUGAUAAUAUCCCAUGGCCUUUUCCGGCAUUGUUCAAUAGUAAUAGAAGAAAACUUCCGAUGCUAUCUAUGGAGAAUCUGUUGAAGAGAAUCAAGAACAAAAUAUAA